UAUGGCCGCCCAUUGAACACUGCUCGGGAGUGGAGGGGUUCUGCCUCAGCAAAACAGGCCACUUAAAUGCUCUCGUAAGCAAAUUAUGGCAUUGUUUCUUAUCAGAACAGAGGGAUUACAUUACGGACAUUCACAAUUACGUUACUUCUGCACCCGCUCGACCAUGAAGAAAGGAUUGGUACUUGGGAUUUACGAAGCAGAGGGAAAGGAUGGUAUUGCGUUGACUCCUACUGCAGCUAGGUACAAUGAGAAAGUCAAUGGAAAGCUACUGAAAAAUAUUUGCCUGGGAGACUAGGCCGAGCGGUAACGUUACAUGUGUGAUAAGAAGCAUGGACAUGGCGCAGAAGAAUUGAUAAGAGAAUCCCUCUCCAUGUUAACAAAAAUUAAAUCGUACCGAUCGAUUAAAUUUCAUCUUUUCUCAAAAUACCGGUUUCACAAACGAAAUUGCAUAUGAAUGAUUUUCCUGGAGUUACAUAAAAGGUGUUAUGGAAUUCAUAAUUAAGCUGUGAGAUCGGAAGGCAUCAAGAUAAAACACACGCAAUAUAUCAGAAAUAUCAGAGCGAUGUCGCAGGCCGGUGGAGGUGCACUUGGUAAUGGAAGUGGCGCAGGGAGUAGCAGCGGGUCGAUGGAACGUGGAAGAACCACAAAACGACAUUUGCAAUCUACAAAUGUGCUCCACGGGAUAAGUGGCACUCUAGAGGACAAAAAUAAUGACUUCCUGUGUCCAAUCUGCUUCGAAGUAAUAGACGAAGCACACAUAACAAGAUGUGGUCAUACAUUCUGCUACCGCUGCAUCGCCAAGUCGCUCGAAGCAAAUGGCCGCUGUCCAAAAUGUAGCUUUACCUUGGGCCAGCAGGACAUCUUUCCAAAUUUUCUGCUCAAUGAGAUUGUUUCGAAGUACAAAAUGCGAGACAAGGGUGUUGCCGAGUUGGGAUCAUCGCGAAGCGGCGAUAGAAGUCGAGGUGUCGUGGGCUCUGAGCUGUCAAUACCACCUUGCGACGGCCUGAGAGAUUUCGUCGCGGCAGAAAGUGCCAACCUGACUCUACCCGACGUGAACGUAAUGUUGGAAGUCCUCACGCAAAGGAAGCAUCUCUUGGAGGCAGAAUCCUGUGCGGCACAAAAUAAGCUCCUCCACGAGUUUCUCAAGCAUCUCUUGCAGCAGAAGGAAGAGCAGAAGAAUCAGCUGCAAAAGGAAGUAGCCUUGAUCAAGAAGGACAUGGAAGAGGUCGAAAGCAUCCUCAGGGACGUUCAGAGUAAAUGUCCAAGAGUGGAGGAUUUAAAAGCAUCUAGCGAAAACGACACAGCUCAAGUGUCGGCUAUAAGGAAAGAGAUGAUCGACCUGAUAGAUAUUAUUGACUCAAAUAUGGUGAAACCUAAUGAGACAGCAGCAGCGAGCGGAAACGAUGCCUUUUCGAAUUUAGCUGCUAGUGAUAAAGUGAACGACCACGUGACCACUUCUACCUUAGCUGUACGCAGAAAACGUAUGCACGCUCAUUUUGAAGAUUUCGUGCAGUGUUACUUUGAUUCACGAGCAAAAGAAUUAUUAUUCGGUCAGACUAAGACGUCGGCACAAAGUGAGACGAGUCACGGCAAAAAUUCUGGCCUCGACGUCUUCCGCGAGAAUCUCGUUAAAUUCUCCAGGUACAAUUCCUUGAGACCGCUGGCCACGCUCAAUUACUCUUCGGAUAUCUUCAAUAACUCGACUAUCGUGUCUAGCAUAGAGUUCGAUAAGGAUAACGAAUUCUUUGCUAUAGCCGGUGUCACAAAACGCAUCAAGGUUUUCGAUUAUGGCGCCGUCAUAAGGGAUACCGUGGAUAUUCAUUACCCAUGCGUCGAAAUGGUCUCGAGUUCAAAGAUAUCGUGCGUGUCCUGGAACUCUUAUCACAAGGGUAUGCUAGCUUCCUCGGAUUACGAAGGAACCGUAACAGUAUGGGACGCAGCGACUGGUCAAAGGACCAAAGCGUUUCAGGAGCACGAGAAAAGAUGCUGGUCCGUUGACUUUAACGACGUAGACACAAGACUCAUAGCCUCAGGUUCCGACGAUGCAAGAGUCAAGCUCUGGUCUCUCAAUAUUGAUCAUUCCGUAGCAUCGUUGGAGGCCAAAGCCAACGUCUGUUGCGUGAAGUUCAAUCCACGCAGCUCGUGCCACUUGGCCUUUGGGUCUGCAGAUCAUUGCGUGCAUUAUUAUGAUCUUCGUAACAUGAAGGAAGCUCUGUGCAUAUUCAAAGGCCACCGUAAGGCCGUCUCGUACGUGAAGUUUAUUAACAAGGAGGAGAUAGUCUCGGCCAGUACGGAUUCCCAGCUCAAAAUGUGGAACAUCAAUAAUCCACACUGUCUACGCUCCUUCGUCGGCCACGUGAAUGAGAAGAAUUUCGUGGGUCUUGCUACAGAUGGCGAUUACGUUGCUUGCGGAUCGGAGAACAAUGCCCUCUACGUAUAUUACAAGGGCCUCACCAAGCAACUGUUCUCCUACAAGUUCGACGCCGUCAGGAGCGUCCUCGAGCUUCAGGAAAGAAGAGAGGAGGACCUCAAUGAAUUUGUUUCUGCGGUAUGCUGGAGACAGAUGUCGAAUGUCGUGGUGGCUGCCAAUUCACAGGGUAUCAUCAAGAUACUGGAACUCGUUUGAGAGCGGUCGAGAAGACGUCACUGUGAACAAGCACAAAAUCCACUAUCAGCACGUGGACUUAUGUAUUAUGAGAUAACGAGAGCAAGGAUGUAGCUUUCGAAGUAUCAUUGGUCCUAGAUCGUAUUCAUGAAAUGAUGCGGUAUUCAUAAUGGGAAAUUUAUUGGGCCUCCAUGUACAUGUUUCUCGGAGACUGACCUAAUACGAUUAGUUAUCUAUCUACCUAAUUUAGAGAAGAAAUGUGCACAAAAAACUAUAUAGCUUGACUCUCAAUUGAUGUGGCGUUACACCACUAGUAAGCACGGGUACGAUUCAAUUGAAUUGUUCGAUUUUUAUGUCGAUUCAAGUACCGACUGAGUCGUAAUAGUUGAAGAUUCCACUAAGGAAAUACUGUAAAGAAAAUUCUCGUGUUCAAGUUACUUUUUGUCAGUUAUACCGAUGCGACUCUGUUAUUGUCAUCCCGAGUUCAAUAAGACUCGAUAGAUGUUCUUGAGAUUUAAAAAGUUGUCUCUCCUUUAAAGUUUUUCGUGUAUGGAGAUGCAUCUGUAAAUACAUGUAUAUUGCAAGAGUUGUUUCAAGUAAAAAACUUAUAGAAUUUUAACGAGGGUGAGAAAAGGACGAGGAACAGGAUUCAGGCGUAAAGCGUCAUAAAAAAUGUAGAAAAAAACGUGAGCCUGAUCAUUCCCACUUAAUGCAAUUAGUAUAUAAGUAUAUUUCGAGUCAAAGUAGCCUAACGCUUUAAACUAGAUAAUAAAUAUGUAAGAAUAAGAAAUUGCUAUACUUACAAGCAAUAACGGUAUAUACUAGCAAUUUUGUUUGUGCCAAUGUAGAUAAACGAGUAGGAGCAGAUAGCUUCAGCAGUGAAGAGUACAUAUUUCAGACAAAAAUUUAUUUCAUAUUAUGAUUUUCAUAAAAACUCUCUUGUUAAGCCUCUCGUAUUAACGAGUAGGUGCUCUCUGUAGAGUCGCUCUAAGUUCCUAUGGUUAUCGUGACAGUCAGCCAGUCUCUACGUGUCAGUCUAAAAAUCGAAGUUACAUAUGUCAAAUAAUAAAGGCAAUAGUACGUAUCAAUGAAAACAAUAUCACGUGAGCGAAACCUCCUGAAAUGCAUAAAGAAAAGAUAUUGUGUUUCGUGAACGAUUUUCUUCCUGAUGAUACAAUGAAAAACUCCAUAAGAACGUAUAAAAAGAUACUAUAGAUGGAGUCACUGAUUCCUUAGUGGCUAUACAUAGAUAGAUGUAUUGUAACGUUCCAACCCGUGAAACUGUAUUUAGCUCUUGAAAAAAAUUAGUCACGACUCCUGCGGCUCAAAUUUCAUUAGGUAAACUUUAAUAGAAGAAGAACGAGUUUCGCUCUUUAACUUCGAUGUAUCCAAGCCAAGACGAAUCGUUACCCCACGGUGUAAAUUAGAAGGAAUUAGUUUGUAAAUUACUAUGUAGUUUUUAAUUAGUCAAAGAAGUUCAUGUAGAUUCAUAGAAAGUUAUACAGAUGAACGGAUAAGAAAGGUGGUUGCUAAAGUGAGUUGUAAAGAAUAGUAUAUUUUUAGAUCAUAUUUUAAAAACAAAAAUGAUGUAUUGCGUUUGAUCGGUGUCCAAAAUGGCUACAGUUUAUUAUAAUUAAUAAAUUGACUAAUUGGUGUCUGAUUAUAUUGA